AUGAAAACUUCGAGCCUUCUGCCAGUAAAAACUGUAAGCCCUAUUAUCAUCCGCCGUGGUAGUAUCCGGAGACUGAAUACCAAUUCCAAGUCCAACAAAGAGACUCGGAAAUUCAAGAAUCCGGCCUUAAGCUUUGUCGUAGAUGCUGCCAGAAGGGUGGGAUCGGUUAUUUCUUUGAUCUUUUGUUGGCCCAAGAAGGCUGGAAUUGCAACUGUUGACACACCUCAGGUUGAAAGUUGCUUAACAUUCGAAGAAAUCCGCGAGGGGACUGGGAAUUUCUCUUCAGAGAAUAUAAUCGGCGAAGGUGGAUUUGGAUAUGUGUACCGAGGAAUACUAAAGAAUGGUGCCGUUGUAGCGAUAAAGCGCGCAAAGAAGGAAAGUUAUGAUCAUUGCUCGUUGGAAGAGUUCAAGAACGAAGUCGCGGCAUUAUCAAAGAUAGAGCAUCUGAGCCUAGUGAGAUUUUUUGGGUACGUCGAGCAUCAAGACGAGCAGCUUAUAGUAGUUGAAUACGUGAGCAACGGGACCCUUCGAGACCAUUUAGAUGGGGCAAACGGUUUUGGACUCGAUAUAGGCCAACGUUUGGACAUUGCAAUCGAUGUUGCUCAUGCCAUUACCUAUCUUCACACUUAUACAGAUCCUCCGAUCAUCCAUAGGGACAUCAAGGCGACAAACAUACUCAUCACUGACAAGCUUCGCGCCAAAGUGGCAGAUUUCGGGUUUGCGCGGUUGUCCCUAGAAGAUCCUGCGGCAACUCACAUUUCGACGCAGAUUAAAGGAACUGCAGGCUACUUGGAUCCCGAAUACCUCAGGACUUACCGACUAACCGAAAAGAGCGAUGUGUACUCUUUCGGCGUGCUCCUUGUCGAGAUGGUAUCAGGAAGGCAUCCCAUUGAAUCGAAGAAAAGUCUAAAAGAAAGAGUUACCGCAAAAUGGGCACUAAGGAUGCUAAAACAAGGAGAAUUCGUGGUGGUAAUGGAUUCGAAAUUACCUAGAAGUUUAGCCUCGAUUCAGGCAGUGGAAAAGAUGUUGAAGCUUGCCUCCUCCUGUCUUGUUGCAUCCAGAUUGUCGAGGCCGUCCAUGAAAACAUGUGCCCAAGUCCUGUGGGAAAUUCGGAAAGAUUACAGAGAGCGUACGCUCCAGUGACAUUAUCCGCGCUCGGGAUUGAAGAU